UCCGCACUAGUACUGCUGCAGGUGUAGGGAAGGUGGUUCCUCCUUUUAAGUUAAUCCACAGGCUCUUGUUGCUGCUGGCAUCCACCCCAGACCCUUCGUCGCCAAAACAUGUCGGAAAGUACCCCGCUGGAGUACUACGCAGUGCCCGAUCUGGUGACUAGUGUUGCGGUGCCCCCGGUAGCACCGGGCAGCGUCACCUGUCAAUCAGGAAGAGAAGUGACACCUGCCGAAGCCAUGGAGCAGUCAGAGGUGCCAUCAGGUGGCUUGGAGCGGGGGAGUCCGUAUCGUGGCCGGGGUCAGGAUUUACACCGUCAGCUAAACGAUAACGAUUUGAAUUCCGUAGCACGUGAGAGGGGCAGCGCUCAGUCACCGGGAGGUCGCAGCUCGAGCUCGGAUGAUGAAGCAGAGCCCGCGGGUCCUGGUUCCGAGUCAGAGCGAUGUCCAGUACACGAAGAGGACCUCAGCUGGUUUUGUUACACCGAAGAUCAUCGUGUCUGCUCACACUGUGCCAUCGAAGGGAUGUGCAAAACUCACCGGGUGAAACCUCUGGACCGGAGGGCAACAGAUGUGCGGAACAAACUUGUGGAUCUUUGUGAGAAGUUACAGCUGAGGUCUGCUGCCAUUGAGAAACACUUGGCCGAGGUCCUACCUAGUAAAAACCAAAGCGUGGCGUCUGCAGCCAGUUCUGCACGUGAACUUGUCAUCCAGCGACUGAACUACAUUCGUGAGGCUUGUGACAAUGAGGAACAGAGUCUACUGGAGCAAGUACACACCGAGGAGGAACGGGCUCACCAGAACAUCCUGACUCAGCGAGUGCAUUGGACUGAGUCUUUAGAGAAACUAUCUGCCAUCAAAGGUUAUCUCGUAGAUGUGGUCACCAAAACUGAUGACCGCACUCUUGUGAGAACAGAAAAAGAAAUUUUUGAAAGGGCAGAGGAGACGGAGGGAAUCCUGGAACCAGAGGAGUCUGAGCAGCUAAAGUUUAAUCAGAAAUGUGUACAGAGUCCACUUUUGCAUACACUGUGGGCAUCUGCAGUGCUCAUCAAUGUAACAGAUAUUGAAGAUGUUCAAAUCAAUGAGAAAACCAUCAGUCCAUGUCUGAUGCUCUCAGAGGACAAGAAAAUCCUAUCAUUCGUCUCCAAAAAGCAGAAGGACUACCAGUACUACCCAGAGAGAUUUGACCAUUGGCCUAAUGCUCUUGCUGUCAACUGCUUCCAGAAUGGGAUCCACACCUGGUGGGUUGAUGUUGGCAAGAGUUGUGCUUUCAAGCUUGGAAUCUCUUAUGCCUGUUUGGAACGCAAAGGUUCAGGGAGUGACUCCCGACUAGGGUACAACACAUUCUCAUGGGUGUUUUCACGAUAUAAUGAAGACUAUUUCUUCACUCAUGAUGGAAAACAGCAGAAGCUGGAUUUACUGAAGAGACCAGUUAAUAUUGGGAUUUUAAUUGACUUCCAAGGUGGUGAAGUACUGUUUUAUGACUCUGAGUCACACACCAUUAUCUGUGCUCAUCACAGCAAGUUUACUGCACCUGUCUACCCUGCAUUUGCUGUGGCCAAUGACUGUAUAAAGCUUGUACAAUAACCAUUGCAGAAGUGGUAAACAUUAAGUGAAAGUUCGCAGUCUUUUAUAGAUUUUUAUUUACAUAAAUGAUAAAAUGACAGUGCUGUUUGCAGUACAGUGCUGCAUAUUUUAAGCUAUGAAAAUGAGUAUUUUAAAUGUGCAAUACUGUGUUCCUUGAAGUAGUUUUAAUAUAUACAUGAAUGCCUCAGUUAUUUGUUGUACUGGAGCAUAGUUUAGAGUAACGUAUACUUAUUUUUAAUUAAAAUAAAUAAGAAUGAAAAGAG